AUGUACUGGCUAAAUGGGGUUCCUCGGGUGUACGCGGUCAAUGGGCCUAGUAUUCCCUUGACAUCGUCCCAUGAUCAAGAAACUACUGCAAAUGACCUGUCAGAAGAUGAGGGUAUUCAACAUGAGAAACCCGCGGUGUUACCGGAGGACCAGCAGCCCGCCGCUGGAUGGCCCGAGGAGGUCAUCAAUGGCCUUUGUAACUCACGGAAUGGACAAUUGUUUGCGACAAUGACAGACUCUUCUAUUUCAGUCUGGCAAACAAAACCUACUGUCGUGGUAGCCACCGUCGCUCGUUCUCAAACGUCAUUGAAAGCUUACGGCCCAAACGUAUCUCUCCUUCUUCACCCUGAUUCAACCAUUCUAGUCGCACAAACCCAGAAUGGGUACCUACUUACAUACACAGUGGCUUCGGAUCCGAAUACUAGAGUGUAUCAGCAACAGUUCGAUCUCUCUAAUCCGCACCGACGUCAACAACUAGCGCGCCAUUUCGGGAGCGAGGAAUUCAACGGGAUCAAAGAUGUUAGUAUCCGCUUCAGAAUGGCUAUCAAAGUAGAGUCCGGCAUUGUUGGCGCCUUGGCCCUGGAUAACGAACUCGUGGUGGCCACCCUUAAACCAGCCGCUAUUCAAUGCAUCCGUUGGACUCCGGACAAAAACGGGACGCAAACGACCUCGGAGCUACUGAGUCGAAUUCUCAACACACCUAAGAAGGUUACAGUGACUGAAAUGGUUUAUGAUCGAGCCAUGAGUCUUUUGAUAUGGGUCACAAGCGACGGCCAUGCCUAUACUGUACAGAGGAAAACAGAUGCCCCCGAAACAGACCAUUUUGCCAAACUCUUCAAAGCUCACUGCUUUCAUACUCCCACGGGCGAUACCGAUAAGGCAAUCAAAGCAGCUGUGAAUGCAAGAUUCUCUUUACUUGCGGUCAGUUGCAGCAAUGGCGAAAUUUUGGUAUAUACAGCAAAGGAUUAUGUCGGAAAUGUAGUGCUUUCACAUAGACUCCAGCCACCUACCUCGACAAAUACCACAGGAGAUUUGACUUUUAUGAGCUAUUCACCUGACGGUUACUGCCUGUUUGUUGGCUACGAGAACGGCUGGGCGAAUUGGAGUGUCUUUGGCAAGCCUGGAGGUAGCAGUUUCACAGCCGAUCGCUCUAUGGCAGAGGGCAAUUCCGAAGAGUGGUUGGCGGGGGUAUCAAUGGGAUGCUGGAUAGGAGGCGGUUCUGAUAUCAUUCUAUCAGCUCAAAAUGAUCGCCGGCUGUGGUUGCUAGAAACUGCGCGCAGUGCCUUAACGGGCUGUUACUCGCCAGCAAACCUGUCCAGGGCGCUCUUGCAGACAGGAACUGAGAUUAUACUAUAUCGAGGUCACGAUUUACCUGAUCUUAUGACGAUUUCCGGAAAGGACUCCCUGUGGCACCAUGCACAGUACCCGCCAGCAUACCUUCAUGCACAGUGGCCUAUUCGUGCCUGUGUCGUGUCCCAGGACGGCCGAUACGUGUCGAUCGCAGGACGAAGGGGUCUCGCACAUUAUAGCGUCAGUAGUGGCCGCUGGAAGACAUUUGAAGAUUCAAGAGUGGAGAACUCAUUUGCUGUUAGAGGAGGUAUGUGCUGGUAUGGUCAUAUCCUGAUUGCAGCUGUAGAAAGCAAUGGCUCUUAUGAGCUUCGUCUGUACUCGAGAGAAUCACCUCUGACAAAUAAUAACAUUCUCCAUACCGAGUACUUACCUUCGCCUGCCGUUUUUAUCGGGCCAUCAGGUGAAGAUUCACUUCUCGUAUACACGUACGACAACAUACUCUACCAUUACGUGAUCAACUCCACGUUCGGCAGCGUGUCUCUGGUUCCUGUAGGGCAGAUCGCUUUCUACGGAAUUGUGCGAGCGCCCACGAGGGUUCGUUCUAUUAGUUGGAUCCUGCCAGAGGAGCAGAUGCGAAAUGGAGAUCCGUCGCAGGAUGUCAAGGUGGCAUCGGUUUUAUUACUCGUAGAUGGCAACCUUGUUCUGUUACAGCCAUCUGUAUCUGACAGCGGAGAUCUGAAAUACGACAUGCGGAUAGUUGCUCAGGAUGUGGAAUACUAUGUCUUGAUGCGAGAUCAAUUGUCUUUCAACUUCGCUCCAUCUGUAGAAGAGCCGGUGCCGAGUAGCCCUUCUGCUGAAGUGGUCAUGAAGGCGGCUGAGAGCAAUUUGUCCCUAAGAGACUCUCUGUGGAUGUUUUGUGGACGAGAUCUCGUUGCUUGGAGCGACGUCCAGGAGAUAUUACAGCGUGAAGAUGUCCCAAAGCCACUCCCCGUUCCCGUGGACUUUUAUCCAUUAUCGGUAUUGCUGAAUAAAGGUAUCAUACUUGGAGUAGAGUCCGAGAUGAUUCAAAGGCGCGACAUAACAUUCACUAUCCUGAAAUACUCUAUACGAACUCAUCUUUUCCUCCCAUACUUCCUCCGGCAUAGUCUAGCCAAUGUUGACAUGCCGUCUGCUCUUUCAUUAUCACAUUAUUAUUCACACCUAUCCUAUUUCCCCCAUGCCCUCGAAAUACUCCUUCACCACGUUCUAGAUGAGGCGGUUGAUGGCUCUAGUCGAGUCGAACUACGAGACGAAACUCGACAGCCACUUCUGCCCUCCGUUAUCUCAUUUCUCCAAGCUUCUCUUCCACCAGAUGUCUAUCUUGAUAUCGUAGUGCAAUGUACACGAAAGAAUGAGAUCCGAUCAUGGCGCACCCUCUUUGCGCAUCUCCCGCCGCCGAAAGACCUGUUUGAGCAAGCGUUGAAACUGAGAUCACUGAAGACCGCGGCAGGUUACCUACUAAUCCUCCAAGCCCUUGACGAUGAGGAAGAUGAAGAGAUUAGCAAGGCCAGAACCGAAGAUUAUGCGGUGCGUUUACUCGGACUUGCAGCUUCCAAAAAUGACUGGGAUCUCUGUGCCGAACUAGCCAGAUUCCUGAUUGCACUUGAUGGAUCUGGCGGCAUGCUACGCCGCACUAUCGACCGAGUCGGUGUUCGACGCUCUUUGGCCGGACAAAAGCCGGGAAACGCUACAGAGCCUGGUAACCGGAAUAUGCGAGGGUUGGGUUUGACUCUGGGUAUCCCUCCAGUACCCUCACUUUUGUCGCCACGAGGCACAGGACAUCGUCGUCGGAAGGGCAGUGAUAUGUCGUCAAUUGCCAGCGACGGCACAACUUCCAACCUGUCACCCAUCACAUCAAGGACCGAUGAUGAAGGUGCAUCUGUUUCCGAAAAUGGAAGCAGUGGGAUGGAUGAAUCAUAUCAUGUUACUUGAUGUUUUGUUGUAUAUAUAUCAAUCAGCCAUUAUCUAGGAGUUAUACUUAGCGUCAGAAUAUAAUCCAGGACCUAGGCAUCUUCCCACGACGGAAGAAAGCUGAUUUAUUUCUUUUUUCGAAACAGUCAUAUCUAAUCCAAAUUCAACUUCCAAAGCCCGUCUCCCAAAUAAUGACCCGCAUCCAUAACCACCCCUUUCCCUUUCUCCUUCAUCUCCUCCGUCCCCAUUUUCAACGGUCCCACCAUACAAACUUCAGUCUUCCCCUCUGCACUCACAGCAACAACAUCCCCGACAUUCAACGCAUUAUCUUUAUCCGGUAACCGACCACCCGGCGAAGUCAAUCCAGGCGCCAUUAGAGCAGCGCCUGAAAGCACAAAUCGUAUAGCUCCGCGAUCGAUUUGGAUUUUGGGCACGACGUCAGGGAAGGCAUGGAUCAGUUUGAGGUGAGGGAUUGGAGGGCCAUCGAAGGGUUGGUAGAAGAGUGGAUUUG